AUGGCCGCGAACGACGGCGGCCCAGAUCUGCCCGCCAACGCCCCCGUCGACGGCGACGCAGACGCCGGCGGGCCGUACAUCCCCGCGGAGCUGGUCCCGGACAUCGCGAAGCACCUGACGAGCCUGCACGACUUCUUCGCCCUGCGCGCCGGCUGCCGCGCCUACCGCGCCGCGCUGCCCAACUGCCGGGCCCUGCUCGCGAACCAGCCGCCGCACCUCCUCGUGCCCCACACUGCCGACCCCUCGCUGUCCCUCUUCAAGGUCCUCGAGCCCGGCUGCGCCGCCUUCUCGCUCGCCCUCUUCCACGUCCCCGACCGCCGCCUCCUCCGCUUCCGCGCCCGCCUCCCCUUCGCCAGGACCGGCGGCGUCCUCACCUCCGACGGCGCCCGCGUCGCCGCCGUCGACGGCGCCACCGGCGAGAUCCUCGUCACCGACCUCCUCUCCGGCGCGCAGGCCCGCUUCCCCAGGCCCCCGCUGGAGUACAGCCGCGUCAUCCUCAGCGGCGGCUACGUCUUCGCCCCGGCGAAGGGCCGCACCGAGAUCCAGUACUGCAGCCUCUGGUACGCCCACUGGGCCGUCGCGUCCUACGGCGGCGACUUUGAGAUCCAGGACUGGCGCAUUGUCAACGGCGCCCUCUACGGGCUCCUCCCCUCCUGCGGGCUCGUGAUGGCUUCGCUCCCCAAGGACAACACCAUGGAGCUGUGGAUGCUUGGAGGCGAAUUCGACGAGGAUCUUGAAGAGACUCUGAAGGAGACCGUAGGCGGAUCAUUGCUGGGGGAGUGCGGUGGCGAGCCCCUGCUUAUCUGCAAGGUGGGGCGCAUCGAUCCGGAAUACAAGAUUUUCCAGUGGGACUUCAAUGUGGGGAAGUGGGUGAUGAUAACGAGCCUCGGCGGGCGGACGCUGUUUAUUGGCUAUGACGAUUUUGUCGCGUGCCUUGGUCCAGAUGUUCCAGGGAUCCGUGCCGACUGUGUGUAUGGAUCAUUGCCAUGGAGUGGGGGGUGGAGCGAGUAUUCUCUAGUCGAUGGGACCUGUAAAUGCUUCCCUGCACAGUAUCCAGGUGAACCAGGGGUUGGUUUCGGGAGGCCGCAGGUGUGGGUGCUUCCAAGCUUGUUCUGCGACUACUGA